AUGGCGUCCAACCCAUCUGCUCUCAGCGGCUGUCAGCAAGGGGGCGGGGAUGAUCCAGCUGACCAACGUACUUGCCUUAUAUGUGGAGACCGUGCCACAGGCCUGCACUAUGGCAUCAUCUCCUGUGAGGGCUGCAAGGGCUUCUUCAAGAGGAGUAUCUGCAACAAGCGUGUGUACCGCUGCAGCCGCGACAAGAACUGCGAGAUGUCGCGCAAGCAGCGCAACCGCUGCCAGUACUGCCGCCUGCUCAAGUGUCUGCAGAUGGGGAUGAACCGCAAAGCAAUCAGAGAGGAUGGCAUGCCAGGAGGGAGGAACAAAAGCAUCGGGCCUGUUCAGAUCACAGAGGAGGAGAUAGAGCGGAUCAUGUCGGGGCAGGAGUUCAAGGAGGACGUCCCGGAGCACACCUGGGGCAACAACGGAGACAGUGACCACAGCUCGCCCAGCAACGGAGCGUCGGAGGGCAACCAGCCGUCCCCCGCCUCCACCCUGUCCUCCAA